AAAAAAAAAAAAAGUGGGGGGGAAGGUAAGAAAGAAAGGGACAAAGGAUACAUCCAAAUGCCAAAAGCUAGGGAAUUUUCCCAACUGAACCCGGAAAAUAAAACGAACCCUCCCCGAAACAAAAAAACUGAUUCGGAGAAUAAAAGGCCAAAACAAAGCCCCGAAACGCCCAAUACCGUCUUAGUCAUCAUCCUUCACGGGAACAACGGCGGUGAUCUGUCUGACUAUCUAUCGAUCGAGCUUAUUUCGUAGAAUGGAGAGAUUACUUGCUGCAUGCAUUUACCACUAAACCCCCCCACCGGUCCCUUUUUACUCAAGCAAUGACAACUUGGAAUAUUGUCUUUUUGAAGAAAAGCCAAAAAUAGAACGAUAGAAAGUACUAUGGACGUAGGAACGAGCCACAAAUCCAAACCCCGGGCAACGGCCUCAUGUCACCCAUGUCGAACUCGCAAAGUGAAGUGUAAUCGCCUCUCUCCGUGUGAAGCCUGCAUUACACGAGGGAUCCAAGAGGAAUGCAAAUAUAGUGCUCCGAAUGAAGAUCGACAGGCGAUCGCGCAGGCAGAAAUGAUCACCGUGCUCAGGGGCAAGGUGAACCAAAUACGGGAACAAAUAGCGCAGCGUUUGGCCUAUCAGUCAUCAUUCGAUGAUCUCGAAGAGGAGGAGGCCGCUGCUAUGGAAAUUGUGUACUCGGCUCUGAGGUUGGGAUCGGAGGAUCUAGUUUGGCAUAUCGUGGGGAGGAUUCGGAAUGGGGAGGAUUUUAGAGACUUAGCGAGGGACGUGGCGCGGGAUAUAGGAAUUGAGGAUGAUUUUUCUGUGUGAUUAUAGAGUUGAUACUGUCCAAUCUCUUAUGCAUAAGUAUAUACGAUUGCUUGGGUAAUGUCACGUCCAGAACACUGCGCUGCCUACCAAGCCACACCGUAAUCAUGCCUAACUGUAGGAAAACAGCUGCCAUUUUUAAUGACCCAAAAAAUUACAAGAUGAAACGAGGAGAAAAAUUCUCAGCCAGCGCCGAGAGACAAACAACAGAAGGAUGAUAUACACCAAGGUGCCACAUCAAUGCAUCGGCAAAUCGUAGCCGAAAGAAAACAAUGUUCACGAAGCUUCUAUAUACACCCCCACCACCCACCCAAAGCCUGGGGUAAAAGCACUAUAACUCCUCAUGUCAUGGUAUUAUGAAUACAGCGUGUCAUCGCCGGCGCGGGAGAAUCCCAUGUCGACCCUGGACCCGAUGACACUGCUCAGACAGUCCAUAAGCUCGAAGUCUUCCACCACCGC